AUGCCUGAAGACAAAAAUUCGAUGAAAUACCGUAUUUGGCGACUUGUCACCUCAACCCCGUUUGAGUACUUCAUUAUGGCGAUGAUCUGUUGCAAUACAAUCAUAUUGAUGAUGAAGUUUCAUGGUAACUCCGAGUUUUAUGAAAAAAUUCUUCGCUUUUUCAAUACGGCGCUGACAGCAGUAUUUACGGUGGAAUCGAUCUUGAAAAUACUAGCUUUUGGUGUUCGGAAUUACUUUCGUGAUGGGUGGAAUCGUUUUGAUUUCAUCACGGUAGUGGGCUCGAUAACGGAUGCACUGGUAACUGAGUUUGGUGGUCACUUUGUAUCGCUUGGAUUCUUGCGCUUGUUUCGUGCGGCUCGUUUAAUUCGCCUUCUGCAGCAAGGAUACACCAUACGCAUUCUACUCUGGACCUUCGUUCAGUCCUUCAAGGCCUUACCAUAUGUUUGUUUACUCAUUGGUAUGCUAUUUUUUAUCUAUGCAAUAGUGGGAAUGCAGGUAAUGAUUCUUCAUUUUACGAUACUUGUAAAAAUCAAAUUGAGCUGGUGCUCCACAGGCGAAGCCUGGCAAGACAUCAUGAUGGCAUGUACUGCCUCAAAAUAUUGCGCAAAACCGAAUUCAUUUGAAAUAAACGUAGCAAAGGGACCGACAUGCGGCACACAAAUGUCCUAUGUUUAUUUCACAACUUUCGUCUUUUUGUCGUCCUUCUUGGUUCGUGCUUUUCAGUUACAUUUCCCUGCUCAUCUCUUAUCCCGACUUUGA